GUACAGCAGCCCGUGCGAGGCUGUCCUGGAGACCCCGCGCUGCCUGCACCUCUAUCGUCUCGGUUGUCAUGGAUGAUGAAGACGGCAGGUGCCUUCUAGAUGUAAUUUGUGACCCAGAAGCUCUCAAUGACUUUCUUCAUGGAUCUGAGACCCAUUUGGACACUGACGACCUUUUGGAUGGUUCGAGUGACCCCUCCAGCUCGUUCUUCUCUACCACUGGGGGCCAUGUUCCAGAGGUCCAGCCUGCAGUCCAGCUGUCGGCCAAUGAGCCGACAGGCCUGCCCAGAGUCAGUGUUGACCUGGACUUCCUGGAAGAUGAUGACAUCUUGGGAGGAUCCCCUGGUGGCGAAGGUGGGAGCAAUGGCAUUGGGACAAAUCACGAGCCGUGUGACAUCCUGCAGCAGAGCUUGGCUGAAGCAAACAUCACUGAGCAAAGUUUACAGGAGGCAGAGGCUGAGUUGGAUCUGGGCUCCUUUGAUCCAGGCCUUACGCAGGUGGUUCAGACACUGCCUGAUGCCAGCCUGUCUGGGGCUGGAGGCACCACGGUUGGUGUAGGCAUAGGUGUUGGAGGAGCAGCAACAAUUUUCCCUGGGUCAGCCCCAAGCACCACUGCUACGCCUCCCAAUGCCACAGCAGACAUGCUGGGGUCAGUCCUGGCUCAGCAGGGCCUUCAGCUCCAACCCCAGGUGAUGAAUAAGGCCAUUAGUGUUCAGCCAUUUAUGCAGCCUGUGGGCCUUGGAAACGUGACACUUCAACCCAUUUCAAGUCUUCAAGCUCUUCCUAAUGGGAGUCAGUCGGGACAUUUAGGUAUUGGACAGAUUCAGGUUGUGGGUCAGCCUACAGUCAUGACUAUCAAUCAAUCUGGACAGCAAAUCCUGGCUAAAGCCAUGAGUGGCUACCAGCUGCACCAAUCCGGGCCAGAGGUAUCAGCUACUGGUUCUCAGGCCGCACUUGGAGGCUCAGGGGGUGGACUUCUGAUCCAAGGUAACAAAACCACUUUGGGAUCUCCAGCUUUAAAUGGACCAGCUGUUUGUGUCAGCAGCACAAACAGCAGCAGCGGCUGCACAAUGACUGCUCCUGCUGGGCUUGUGGGCUUUGGCAGCACCUCUCUUAGUUCAGGAAUUGGACCCCAGGUGCAGAAUCAAGGCCAAAUCAUGCAGAACGUGAUCAUCCAGCGCACGCCAACACCCAUUCAGCCCAAACCUCCUCAGGGGGGAGCCAUUCAACCCAAACUCUUCAAACAGCAACAACAGCAGCAACAACAAAUAUCCCAACCUUCUCAAAAUGAUGCCCACAAGACACUAGGGUUGCAGCAAAUUCCAGUUUCCACUGCGCAGAAUGUAACCUUUCUGACUGGAAAGCCAGGCUCUAAUGUUGUGUUGAAUACUCAAGGCACAACACAAGGCCCUCAGUUUCAACAAACCCUAUUCAAACAACAAGGAGCACAGCAAUCUGGCAAACCCCUCAGUGUGCACUUGUUAAACCAAUCAGGCAGCAUCGUUAUUCCCUCUCAGACUGUUCUGCAAGGUCAAAACCACCAGUUUCUCCUGCCACAGCUACAAGCCGGUGGACAGAUCCUGACCCAACACCCUGGCGGCCACAUAAUUACCAGUCAGGGGCCUGGUGGACAGCUCAUUGCAAACCAGAUUUUAACCGCAAACCAGAACAUUAACCUGGGUCAGGUGUUGACUUCACAGGGCCACCCCGGGGCUGCCCACAUCCUCUCUGGGCCCAUUCAGCUCCAGUCUGGCCAGAUGGGCACACAAACCCUCUUUCAGGUGCCUGUCUCACUGGCUCAGAGUCAAAGUCAGACACAGACACAUACUGUCUCAGGUCAUGCCCAGACAGUCAUACAGGGCAUGCCAAUCCAGAACUCCCUGACAAUGCUUAGUCAGGUGGAAGGGCUAAGCCCCGCAGUCAGUCUUCAGCCAGCCCUACAACCCCAGCCAGGUGGAGUUCCCAGCAGCAACAUCACAGGAGCAGCAACCAUGGCUCAAGGCCAGCCUGGAGAGUGUGUUACUGUGCUUGGUAGCUCUACGGAUCAAGCUGCUCAUCCCACUCAGCAGCAUGUAUCGCAGUCCUCUAUCCUCGCCAUGCAACCAUCUUCUUUGUCCACGGCUACUACAAUACCCUGCUCUUCUCCGUCCAUGUCUGUGUCCACCUCUUCAUCUGUCACAGCAGUGGGGCUGGUCCCCCAUCAGGCUCAGCACAGUCCAGGGAGGUUACUCUUCACUAACCAGGGCUCUAGUAUGAUCCUGAGUCAGGAGUCCCUGCAGAUGUUCCUGCAACAGGAGCAGCACCACCAAUCAGAGAAUGAGUCAACCCCCUCUGUGGGCGUACCAGCGUCUGUAAUCGUCAGCAGCAACAACAUCACUGCUCCGGCCCCUGCUGUCCAUGACAGCCAAUUAACUGACUCUUGGGUGGGUCAGAGCCACAGUCCUUCCCCUGGCCCCUCCCACAUGACAGCAGUGGUAAAGCAGGUACCCUCUGCUGGACAUAAGCAGCCCCUGAGGAUCCAGGGCAUGUCUCCUUCACCGGGCUUGACGACUCACACCACAGUGCCCCCAGUGUCAGAAAGCCCCCAGCCUUCCCAUUCGCCUCUCACUCUGAGCCAGCAGAUCCAGUCACCACACCACCAACAGCAAACACAUCCUCCCUCUCAGACACAGACUCAAACCCCCACUCGUUCAUGCACACCUUCGCCCCAUCCCCAACUCUUUAUUGUCCAUAAUCAGAUUGCUGAGUCCCCCCAACCAGCUCCACAAGGCCAACAGCAGAAGACACAGCAUGCACAGCCCCAGCAGACACACAUUCAUGUUCAGCUUCAGCCUCAGCCACGGCCAGCCUCCCAGCCUGCCCCUUAUCAGCAAGAAAUGCCUCCUAUGUCACAGUCCCCCAAGCCUCCUCCUGCACCACCUGCACAGCACCAGUUCACUGCUCCUCCUGUCAGCACUUCUGCCACUGCUGUAGUAAAAGCCCAGGUUCCCAUCCUGGGCCUAACAGCGGAGCAGCAGCACCACCUGCAAUUAAUAGGAGCACAAAUUCAGACCCUGUCGGGCAUAACUCAGCCCUCACCUCAGCAAAAACAGCUUUUGGACAAGCUGCACCAGGUCCAGCAGAACAUCUUGCUGCAGGCCAAGCAGUCUGCACAACCCAAGCCUCAACCUCUGCCUCAAACUCAACCUCCAGUCACCAGUCAGUUCAGCUCUCAGCAAGAUGUGCCUGUUGAUAAAUUGGUGAUUGCAACAUCUUCCAGCACUGGUACACCUGCUCAGCUUCUGUCAGUGCUGCAGCCCACAUCAGUGCUUGUCAAAACGCCUGCUACAGCAUCAAGUGACUUACAGGUAUUCUCAGGCACCCAAGGGCCAGCUGGAUCAAUGGUGAAUCAGACUGUCACUCCUGCCAGCCUUACCCAGCCUGCCCAGGUUCAGCCAAAGCCAGGGGUGAUCAACUCAGUUGGAGGAAUGACUCUGGGGAAAGCUGGGAUGCAGAUGCAGGUGUUAGGAACUAGUCUGACUCAAAUGCCUGCGCCACAGACCCCAACCCCAUUACAAACUCAGACAACAACAAUGAAGAUGCCUUUCAGUGCAGAGCCAAGCAAAGAAGCCAGGAUGCUGGAACAACUGAGGAAACAGCAGGGUUCAGUACUCCACCCAAACUAUAGUGCUCCUUUCCACUCUUUUGAGGACACAUUUCACAGACUGAUGCCUUACCAUGUCUACCAGGGAACUGCCAACUCUUCUCAAGACUAUCAAAAAGUGGAUGAUGAAUUUGAGAGGGUCUCCUGUCAUCUCCUGAAAAGGACCCAGGCUAUGCUGGAUAAAUAUCGCUGCCUGCUCUUUGCAGAGUCAAAACGACUGGGCCCCUCAGCAGAGAUGGUGAUGAUGGACCGGAUGUUCAUUCAGGAGGAGAAGAUUGCGUUGAGUCAGGACAGAGUUUUAGCCAGGGAGAGACCAGAGGAGUUUGUGGCAAAUGCACGUAUGUUGGAGGGUGUAUUGUCAUCCCAGCAGAAGUCAUCUUCUGCUGAGCCCACUGUUGCGACUGGUGGAGUAGCAGCUGUCCCUGUUCCAGCACCUCCAGCUCCUGCCCCAACCCCAACCCCUCUUCCAAACAUCCCUCCAAAUCCUCCCCCUGUACCAACCCAAGCUCCUGCUCAAGCUUCAACUCCCACUCCUGCUUCCAAUCCUGCUCCUGCUCUAACCACAGCACCGCCUGCUCCCCCUCCCACCACUCCCUUCCCCCCCACCGCUCCCUUCCACCCCACCAAGCUAGUAAUAAAGCAUGGUGAAGGCGGGGCAUCUGUGUCCUGGUCCAGUAGUUGUCCCACUACUCCAGCUGCAGCAGGAAGGCUGGCCGAGCCCAACAGCCAGAACUCCUCCUCGAGUCGAGCUCCAGCAGCAUCGUCCUCUCUAUCCUCUUCGUCUUUCAACUCUCAAGCGGCAGAUGAUGAGGAUGCUCUCCCACAAAGAACCAGCAAACCGCCUAUGAAGACCUACGAGGCUCGCAGGAGGAUUGGCUUAAAGCUGAAGAUCAAACAGGAUCAAGCGGGGUUCAGUAAGGUGGUCCACAAUACAGCCUUAGACCCAGUACACACACCUCAAUCUCAGCAGAGCAGCCAGUCCGCAUCCCAGCCUCACACUCAGCUUGAAGAUGCUGCGACGCACCCGAAGUCCCAACCUGUAUCAACUCCUAAAACAGUCAUCAGAACUCAGUCCCCGGUAUGCACUCCUGCUGCCCCUGCUGCCUCAUCAGUCUCAUCGGUCACCAUAACAACUGCUCAGUGUAACCAAUCACAGAGAGGUAAUGCUACCCACAACGCAGCCCCAUCUUCCUCCACCUCCUCUUCCCAUACUUGGUCGUUUUCCACGUCUUCUUCCUCAGCUCAAAUGAACGGGACGUUGGAUAACCACGACGCAGGGGGGGUGAAAGCCAACUCUAACUCCACUGCCACUCCCUCGCAGACAACCUGUCGACUCCCCCUGAGAAAAACGUACAGAGAAAACAUUAGUCCCCGAGUCAGACCUGGUGUCCCAGGGGGAGGAGAAGAGAGUUUUACGUACCCCAGACCUACACCUUCACCCCCCAGGCAUGAGGCCUCCUCUCCUCCCUCAGAGAGGACAGUGAUAGCCAGUGUGAAGGUGGAGAAGAGAAGCAGGGAGGCCUCACACAUUCACACAGAAUCGAGCAACGAAACGGGCCGCUAUGGGAGUGCAAUGCAGGGGCUGGAUGACAUGGACGAGGUGUUCAAUCGUGGCAUCAAAACUACACAACGGCAUCCUCCUCCGCUCCUAGACAGGGAAGGGGCAAAGGAGAGAGGGGAGGAGUGCACAGAACUAGAGACGGAUGUAGGUAAAUACAAGAGGGCAAGUGGAAAAAAUAGACAUAGGGCAGGUGGGACAUUCAGAAUGGACCAGCAUGCCCCUGGGCCUCCCUCUCCCGAGUCCUCCUUCACUCGUGACUCUUUGCUUCCUGCCAAACGCUGUAAGUCAGACUCCCCUGACAUGGAUAACGCCAGCUUCUCCAGCGGCAGCCCUCCUGACGACUCUCUUAAUGAGCACCUGCAGUGCGCUAUUGACAGCAUCCUAAACCUGCAGCAGGAACCCUCUGCCCGUGGGCAACACAUUAAAGGGGGCAACAGCAGGUCCCACCAAAGCCAGCGCCCAGGGGGCUCGGCAACCUCAUCCCACAGGCCCUCAGUCCCAACCUCCUCCUCAUCCUCGUCCUCUUCCUUGGCCCAGCACCCUCAGGUUGGUGGCCGUGGCCACAAUGGCAACCUGGUGCCCCAAACUCAAAGCAGAUAACAGCCCCUCAGCCUAAGGCCAGACUGACAAGGGUUAAAGACAGAUUUGGAGGCAGGGGAAGGAGGGCACUGUGAAAACAGUAUCACUGUACUACUCUGCCAAGCUGUGAUGGCUCUGUUUGUCCAUUUGAAUUGUCCAGAUAUUUCUUUGUCAUUUACAACCUGAGGUAGACCUGUGGUGAAACUAGUGAGUGUGGUCAAAGGUAAAACUGUCCUUGUGAAUUGCAGACUUGAAGAUGCCUCACAUUUUUGUAUCUGUUCUAUCAGCCAAGCUAAAGUGACGACAUGAAAUUGUCCGAUGUUUUUGUUGUUUUUCCUUCUUCUUCACUAUUCAUACAUUCCUAUCAUGUGUGCCCUGAUCUUAGUCAACAGCGGUUUAUUUUCCUGGUUUCAACAUUGAGCCAGUGAGCAUCAGGCAGCUAAAUUAAACAGUUCAGAAGUCAACAACCUGCAGCUUAUAUUGGAAAACAUUAAACAUGGUGUCUGCCUUUUUACAACCAAAUGAGAUGAUCCUAUGUUCCCUACAGGAGCAAAGAGAACAUGUCACAGUCCACCUACUUACAAAAAAAAAAUGAACUUCAGAUAGCACAUGAACUUGAAGGUUGACUUUCAAUGCUAAAAAGAUAACUUGUCUUGGUCUGCAAUUGGAAUAAUCAAUACCGGUUCAAAAUCCACAAAGCCUGCAAUUACACAAGCAUUAAAAAAGUAAAAGGUUUUUAAGGUGUUCGCUUUAGGGCUUCUGUCAUGGUGUAAAUGAAAUGAAAGGAAAUUCAGUUCUCUUCUGGUUCCAAUGUAAUGAUUUUCACGGUUUCUUGUUUUUAAACAAUGCCUCCACACACACACACCUGCCCUCUUGCUGCGUAUGAUGCCAGGUUAGGACUUAUGGCAUUUUCCGUCAGCAGGGGGCAGACUAGUUAUAACAGUUGAAUUUCUCUGUUCUCAGUCUGUUUCAUCUUUCUGCCACUUUAUCCCCUGCCUCCCAUGUGUGUUUCGUUUGUCUUUUACGGCCUGGUGGACAAUUCAAACACAAACACGGCACAAGCAUUGAAAUGGAAAAAAGGAACAAUAAUAAUGUACAAAAGACCGUAAGAGAAUUUGAAGUAUAGUAUUACAGAUUAAUUUUGUAUUGUAUUUAUUGUGUAUAAUGACACUUUUUAAAAAGAAAUGUACAUUUAGUAAAACUGUAAAUUAAACCUUGCUUCUUUUAUGAAACAUUG